UGAAAAAUAUUACUGUACUUUUCUCUCUUAACGGUUUCUUUAUUAUUCUUCCCAUUUUACCCCUCUUCUUCCUUCUAAUUCCCCCUCAAAUGCCACUGUCUUCUUCUUCUUCUCACUAAACUCUAAACCCACCGGAAAAAUAAAUAAAAAUGAUUACGUGGCACGACUUGUACACCGUCCUCACCGCCGUGGUGCCACUUUACGUCGCCAUGAUUCUUGCCUACGGAUCCGUGCAGUGGUGGAAGAUAUUCUCCCCUGACCAGUGCUCCGGCAUCAAUCGCUUCGUCGCCAUUUUCGCCGUCCCUCUCCUCUCCUUCCACUUCAUCUCCACCAACGAUCCUUACGCCAUGAACUUCCGCUUCGUCGCCGCCGACACGCUUCAAAAAAUCAUCAUGCUCGUCUUACUUGGUCUAUGGGCUAAUCUAACCAAGAACGGUAGCUUGGAGUGGAUGAUCACAAUCUUCUCUCUCAGCACUCUCCCAAAUACUCUUGUCAUGGGAAUACCUUUGUUGAUCGCCAUGUACGGAACUUACGCUGGUUCUCUCAUGGUUCAAGUCGUUGUUCUUCAGUGUAUCAUUUGGUACACUCUCCUUCUCUUUCUCUUCGAGUACCGUGGCGCUAAGCUUCUUAUUAUGGAGCAGUUCCCGGAGACUGGUGCGUCCAUUGUCUCCUUUAAAGUUGAAUCCGACGUCGUUUCUUUAGACGGUCAUGAUUUUCUUGAGACGGAUGCUGAGAUCGGAAACGACGGGAAGCUUCAUGUUACGGUGAGGAAAUCAAACGCUUCGAGACGGUCACUGAUGAUGACUCCUCGGCCUUCUAAUCUCACCGGAGCUGAGAUCUAUAGUCUUAGUUCGACUCCUAGAGGUUCUAAUUUUAACCAUUCUGAUUUUUACUCGGUCAUGGGAUUUCCCGGCGGGAGGCUUUCAAAUUUUGGUCCGGCGGAUCUAUACUCUGUUCAAUCUUCUCGUGGUCCGACUCCACGGCCUUCGAAUUUCGAAGAGAACAACGCCGUGAAAUAUGGAUUUUACCCUAACACUAACAGUUCUGCUCCGGCGGCCGGUUCGUACCCGGCUCCGAACCCGGAGUUCUCCUCCGGUCCGGCUGUUUCAACUAAACCGAAUAAAAUCCCAAAAGAAAACCAACAACAGCUUGAUAAGGAUAACAAAGCGAGCCAUGACGCUAAGGAGCUUCACAUGUUUGUUUGGAGCUCAAGCGCUUCGCCGGUCUCCGACGUGUUUGGCGGAGGUGCAGGUGAACACGUGGCAACGGAACAAUCUGAACAAGGUGCUAAGGAGAUCCGUAUGGUUGUUUCUGAUCAACCUCGAAAGAGUAAUGCCAGAGGUGGUGGUGGUGAUGAUAUCGGCGGUGGUGAUAUUGGGGAGGGUGAAAGAGAGAUAGAGAAAGCUACAGCAGGGCUAAAUAAAGUGGGGUCUAAUUCCACGGCGGAGCUAGAGGCGGCUGGUGGAGAUGGCGGCGGAGGCGGCAACGGAACACAUAUGCCGCCGACAAGUGUGAUGACGAGACUGAUACUGAUAAUGGUGUGGCGAAAACUCAUCAGAAACCCAAACACAUACUCCAGUCUAAUCGGUCUCAUAUGGGCUCUUGUUGCUUACCGGUGGCAUGUGGCUAUGCCCAAGAUACUACAACAAUCCAUCUCCAUACUCUCAGAUGCUGGUCUUGGAAUGGCUAUGUUCAGCUUAGGUUUAUUCAUGGCACUUCAACCCAAAAUCAUUGCUUGUGGGAACUCUGUCGCCACGUUUGCCAUGGCCGUCAGAUUUAUAACCGGUCCGGCCAUCAUGGCUGUUGCUGGGAUUGCCAUUGGGUUACACGGGGACCUUCUCCGUAUAGCCAUCGUCCAGGCUGCGUUGCCUCAAGGAAUAGUUCCGUUUGUGUUUGCAAAAGAGUACAAUGUGCAUCCCACGAUUCUAAGCACUGGGGUCAUAUUUGGAAUGUUAAUAGCUUUACCCAUAACUCUGGUCUACUAUAUUCUUCUUGGCCUCUGAAUUGGUCCCUUCAGUUUCAACUGGCUUUUGAGAGCGCCUCGGAGAUUGGGUUAUUUAUUUCUCGGUAACCAGGAAAUAAACAAAGCCUUUAUUUUCGUGGGAAAGAGUGGAAGGUGAAGAAGAAGAUAUGCCUUUGGUUUUUGGUUCCAAUAUUUGUGGAACACAACAAAAGUACUUAGGAUUU